CAGCAGAGGAACUGGUGUGAAGUGUAAGGUCAGGCAGAGCGUCAGUGUGUCGUGUGCCAGCAGGGCGAGCAGAGGCACUGUGCCUCAUCCCGCACGAUCACUCCCCUUAGCCCCGCACCAGACCCAACUUCGGCGUUAUUAAAGCCCCUCAGAUACUGCCAUUUCCAUUACGGGCUCACCAUAGCCCGUGCUACAUGGACACUUCGUUCUGAGUAGCUAAAUCUGAAACAACACCAACAAUGCCAUUUCUGCUCAAUAAUAAAAUCUUCGCAAAUCAUAGAAAACUACACAAAUGUAUUUGUGCUCCAAUAUAAGCUAAAGAAAUAUUACAGUAUAAAUUAAAGAAUUUAUCGGCGCUUUAUGACUCUUUGUAGUAAUUCUAGUGUCGCUGUUUGGCAAGAUUUAUGAAUUUACAAUAAAUUAUGUUGUGUACGACAAGUGUGUAACAAAAUUAAGUUCUCUAUUAAAGCAAAUAUGUGAUAUACAAUCGUACUCAGAGCUGAAAUAUAUAUAUAUAUACAUAUAUACUUGAGCAAAUCGUGUCUGGGUCAGGAAUACCUUAAUUGAUGUGUUGUCUAUAUAGCCAAAGGGCUGGUUAUGUACAUGUGGCUUCCCAUCCAAAUGAUAGCCAGACCCAACGAUGCUAACUUUGUCGAUCGAGUGAUGACUGGCCAUCCAAUGUUGAUUUAUUCCAUAACAAAAAUGUGGUGUUUGUGCAGUGUAUUCGUAAAUAGAAACUGGGAUAGCAUUGUGUGACCUGUGUACUGUGCUCUCUUCAUCUACACCAUGUACACCUGUGUACUAAGUUGUACACUAUGUGAAUUGUGUACUGAGAACUUUAAUAUACACCAUGCAGGCUGAGUACUAAGUUCUACACUAUGUGAGCUGUGUAUUGAGUACUCUAACGUACACCAUGUGAAUUGUGUACUAAGUUCUACACUAUGUGAGCUGUGUACUGAGUACUCUAAUGUACACCCUGUGAGUUGUGUAGUGAAAAGCUCUCAAUAUAAUACUAAAAAAAAUCAUAAUUUCACAACUCAUCACUCCUGUAGAACAUACAUCAGUGAGUACGAGACUGGACUGGUAAAUCAUCUGGGCUGCCUCGUGGAUUGUUGUGUGAUACGCAAAUGAUUGUACUCGCCACAUUACCGGGAAGUGGCUCAAGAAGCUUGCCUGUACGAGACGCGUCCACAAACAGAAAAGCAAAGGAAGUGUAGAAACCAUUUUCCAUGGAGGUAGAAUAGCUGGCCAGAAGACCUCUGGAAGGAAUUGCUGUUCAGCGCCUCCUCAAGAAGUCCCCCGAGGCGAGCUAAUAUAGCUGCUGGCUGUAGUUAAGAUUGUGGGAUAGGCAGGUCCUGCCAUGUAGGUUCGGAAAUAGUGUAAACAUUGGAUUGCUUGAAGGCAAUUUAAUCAGUGAAAAUAUUUCUUAGUGAUUAAUGAUUUUUUUUUUGUUGACUGGAGCACCACAGAUACAAAAUUGAUAAGCAACAUGACUUCAUGCAAUGUUUCAUGUAGUGAUGUCCGGGAUUUUCUUUUACUAACGUGUCCUCAAUAUGUUACCGUUUACUGACAAUAUAACUUGCCUCACAAGAUCCGCCUUAGAAAAUCCUGAGCGAUAUAUCUAUUGCCAUGAUGUUACGCAUGCGUAUGGCAGCAGGCCGUUAUCAGGGAUCAACUUGAGUGGCACUUGUGCGUCACCUCUCCCGGUGUUCAGGCCGAGCUCCUCACCCAACUCAUCCCUCCCUCCACAGCCGGUGGGGAUCUGCACUAUCACCGCACAUCUCCCCAGUCUACGUCACAGCCUUGACGAUGAUUCCAGCCAUCAAUGCUAAUCGCUCGGCCAUCUGGGAGAAGCACGUGCAUAGUCUCUUCGGCUUGAGAGACACGGAUUUUACUCAAGAGGGUCAAGAUGUGAGCCUGGAUGACACCCCGUUCAUCCUUCAGGGUCCAAGCCAUAAAGGCAAGCCGGACGACGGCUGGAAACAGGCUGCUCACACCCCUCUGCCCUACUGGAACAAAGGACAGCCUAUAGGCCAGCAAGCCACGACAGAUAAGACGUAUGUGUUGACUCCAAGGGCCGGCGCCAAUGGGAGAUGGCUGAUGAAGAAAUGGCCACACGCGGGAACCGCGGGUGUGGGAACAAGUGAAGGUGAUGAUGCGCACCAUAGUAAUGAAGGGCGCGCGGGCAACAUGAAUCAUUACUUAGGUUCAGGCAAGGAAACAAGUCAAAAUGCAGCUGGUAAACUUGGAAUUAGUUUUGCCGUUGAUACCUCAGGAAGCAGCGAGUCUCAGUGGUGGUUCAAGACCUCGAAUACAACGGGACCACUGCUUCUGGACGCCAGAAAUAACGCCACUGACUUAACCAAUGACACAGCGUGGAACUGGAGCGGCUACGACCCACCUUUUACCUUAAACGCGUCACUAACGUGUAGGAACGUUUCCUUGGAAGGUUCAGAGUGCGGCGUGGAAGCCGCGGCGCCGCUUAUCGUCACCCCGGAGAGUCUGGCGCUGUGUCUUCUGCUUCUCUUCUUCGCUGUCUCGACCAUUUUCGGGAACGGAUUAGUGAUAGUGGCCGUGGCCCGGGAACGAUACUUACACACAGUUACCAACUAUUUCAUCAUGUCAUUAGCAGUAGCUGACUGCCUAGUUGGAGCACUUGUCAUGCCUUUCAGUGCGCUUUAUGACUCGUUCGACUAUUGGCCAUUUGGACCUGAUUUUUGUGACGUGUGGCGAAGCUUCGACGUGCUGGCCUCGACGGCGUCGAUACUGAACCUUUGCGUGAUAUCACUUGACCGAUACUGGGCCAUCACGGACCCUUUCAGCUACCCAGGCCGGAUGUCACCCCGCCGGGCCUGCAUGCUCAUCGCUCUGGUGUGGGUCUGCUCGGCCUUAAUCUCCUUUCCAGCUAUUGCCUGGUGGCGGGCAGUGUCGGAACCGCACCCCGCCGGCGCCUGUCCCUUCACGGGGGAUCUCUCCUACCUCGUCUUCUCCUCUACCAUAAGUUUCUAUGGCCCGUUAUUUGUUAUGGUUUUCACCUAUUUCCGCAUCUACCGCGCGGCCACGGAACAAACUCGCUCUCUCAAGCUGGGCCAGAAGCUUGUGUCGUGUAUGGGCGACGGGGAAAUGGAACUGACUCUCCGGAUACAUCGUGGUGGUAUUGGGGCCAGUGGCAGCACCAGUAGCAACGGCACCAGCGUGCAUAGAGCCCAGUACCCGGGGGGCAAGACCUUCACUUGUUCGCAAGAAAAUGGCGGCUUGCCACUCGAGGAAGGCGAAUCGUGUCCCUUGGGAGCCUUACACGAAGGCACUUCCCCAGACAGUUCCACUAAAGUGGUCUCUCGUAACCUGAAAAAUUUCUCUAUAUCUCGCAAGUUAUGCAAGUUUGCCAAAGAGAAGAAGGCAGCUAAGACUCUGGGCAUAGUGAUGGGGGUGUUUAUCGUGUGUUGGCUGCCCUUCUUCGUCACCAACCUCCUGUCGGGGUUGUGUGGCGAGCGCUGCAUCCGGCAGCCGGCGCUGGUGGACGACGUCGUCACCUGGCUCGGAUGGAUCAACUCCGCUAUGAACCCCGUCAUCUACGCCUGUUGGGCCAAGGACUUCAGAAGGGCUUUCACUCGAAUUCUGUGUUCCUGCUGCCCUAGACGCUGUCGGAAACGAUAUCAAACGCGCUGGAAAGGUGGAAUAGCUCAGAUCAUAGUGACGCCCGUCGUCUCCACCCUCAACACAUCCUUCAUGCAAGCUGCUGGCUCUCGAUCCUACCCGUCGGGGUCUUACUCUCCUGUAGCGCCCGCCCUCGCCUCCGCCUUGGUCACGGCCACGGCAACACCCACGUCGUCUUAAGCCCCCAACACAAUCCGGGAGAUGGACGGCUUCCUCGCCCCUAGUGUGGUGGCCACAAUCCGGUAUACGGACGGCCUCCUCGCCCCCUAGUGUGGUGGCCACAAUCCGGUAUACGGACGGCCUCCUCGCCCCCUAGUGUGGUGGCCAUAAUCCGGUAUACGGACGGCCUCCUCGCCCCCUAGUGUGGUGGCCAUAAUCCGGUAUACGGAAGGACUCCUCGCCCCCUAGUGUGGUCGUCUCAAUCCGGUAAAUGGACGGCCUCCUCACCCCUAGUGUGGUGGCUACAAUCCGGUAGACGGACGGCCUCCUCACCUCUAGUGUAAUCGUCUCAAUCCGGUAGACAGACGGCCUCCUCACCCCCAUUGUGGUCGCCUCAUCCCUGUCAACCACACUUUUAAUAUCCCAAUGUUUUGAUCGGUUCACUCAGGCUCUUAACCUCGCUAAAACUCUUAAUACGAACACAACCACGGUCAUCACCUACCUCGCCAAACAUAUCAUCACCAACCCCAACCAUGAUUUUCGUCACAAUCAGAGUCAUAUGCUUUAGUCAUAGCUAUAGAAGCUGCUACAAUUCUGGCUAUAUUCCUAAUACUCGCGUGGGCUAUUUAUCCAGCGGGACCCCAUUAAUCCUCUUCCACCUGUAAGAUCUGUAUCUCGCCAGAUAUUCGUCUUACGACCAGCUAGCAAAACUAUUUAUACCGGCUCUCUCUAGCGCUCAGUACAGCGAAAUAUUUGUAAAUUCCCUCAAACUCGGUAUUCCACGAAGUAUACCUCUUCCAGAAAUCCCGUGUAAUUAAUUAUUUGACUUAAGAUCGAUUUCUUUCGCCCUUGACCGGAACUCUUCCUCAGGCGACACGACACAGUGCAGCUGUGUUAAGCUCUGACUCCUUAGAGCUGAGCUGAGUCCUGGUACUCGGCAGCUGUGUUUAACUCAGGCACCCAGCCACCGGGGUAAAAAUCCCUAGCACCCAACCACUGGGGUAAAAAUCCCUAGCACCCAACCACUGGGGUAAAAAUCCCUAGCACCCAACCACUGGGGUAAAAAUCCCUAGCACCCAACCACUGGGGUAAAAAUCCCUAGCACCCAACCACUGGGGUAAAAAUCCCUAGCACCCAACCACUGGGG